AACCCCUGGAGAGUGGAGGUUAGCUCCACUCCCUGUUUAGCUCCCACCCUCUGGCCUCAUCCAGGGCUAGCAUGUGGCCACUGCAACCUCCAGAACUCAGGGGCUUUUGGGGUCACAUCCAACCUUCUAAUGCAUCUGCUCUGUGAUCGUGGGUAAGCUGGUCCCCUUCUCUGAGCCUUAUCUGCGACAAGCAGAGAGAAUUCAAGAAGAUGGAUGUAAAGCAUCUGGUAAUUGCCAGGCCAAGAGACUGGGCGCUGGAUAUUUGGGGCCGCAGGCCGAACCACCCGCUCGCUGACUCAGCCGAUGCACCCUGGGUGGAGAGGGAAAACUGACUACGUGUGUGAGCCCAGGCGGUGCUCGGCCUCUGCGGCCUGCUUUCCGGUGUCCUAAGAAGAACGCCCCCCUCUUCUCCACCCCUUCCCAGUUCCCGGCAGCCCUGGCCGCCCCGCCCCCUCAGCAGCUGCUGCUCCCACCCCCUCCCUGCCCAGCCCAUUCUGCCUCGUCAUCUACUGCCCCGCGGAGGCUCGACUCUUGAGUGGGGCCGCCCGGAACGCACAGAACCGGGAGCCCCCCCCGCCCCCCCCCCCCCCGGCACCUGGCUGGAGGAGGGAAGAGAAACUGAUUGGGCAGAAUCUGCGCCCCCUCAUCACCAGCAGCGCUCGAAGGAGGUCUGUGAGCCCCGCCCCUCCGCCGGACUCUAGCUCUGGGACUGGGUGGAGGGGAGCCCCCACCAUGGGCAAUGCGCAGGAGCGGCCCUCAGAGACGAUCGAUCGCGAGCGGAAACGCCUAGUGGAGACGCUGCAGGACGACUCCGGGCUGCUGCUGGAUGCACUGCUGGCGCGCGGCGUGCUCACCGGGCCUGAGUAUGAGGCGUUGGACGCGCUGCCUGAUGCCGAGCGCAGGGUGCGUCGCCUGCUGCUGCUGGUACAAAGCAAGGGCGAGGCCGCCUGCCAGGAGCUGCUGCACUGCGCCCAGCGUACUACGCGCGCGCCAGACCCGGCCUGGGACUGGCAGCACGUGGGCACUGGCUACCGGGAACGCAGCUACGACUCUCCAUGCCCUGGCCACUGGACGCCUGAGGCACCUGACUUGAGGACCGCUUGCCCCGAACCGCCCAGAGCUUCAGACUGCGACGAGGCUGGGGUUUCAGGGGGCUCGGAGGCAGUAUCCGGAACCCUCAAGGAACUCGAUCCGGAAGUGGAAGCUGAAGUCUCUGAAGGGGCUGAGCCAGAGUUGGAACCCCAAAUGGAUCCGGAACCAGAGCCAGCACCUGAACUGGAGCCAGAGCCAGAGCCCGACUUUGAGGCGGGUGACGAGUCUGAAGAUUCCUGAAUGUCAGCGUGCUGAUAGGCUGCUGCUCUCUGCCCAAAGCAGACAGGACCUGGGAUCCUGCUCUGGCAUUGGGGAGGAUGCCACCAAGUCUCCACCUGACCCAGUACCACUGGAAGUGAAUAAACUCCGGUGGGUCACCUUGG